AUGGCGGCAGGACCAGUAUCGCCGACGGAUCAUCAAGGUACUCCACCAGUGGUGCCGGUGCCGAUGAUGAUGGCAGACGCGAUUGCUAAGGACGCUAUUCUAGCCUGGUUUCGCGGGGAAUUUGCAGCGGCUAACGCCAUAAUCGAUGCGCUGUGUAGCCACCUGGCACAGCUGGGUGCAGGAUCCGAGUACGAAGCGGUGUUCGCGGCGAUUCAUGGGAGGAGGCUUAACUGGAUCCCUGUGCUUCAGAUGCAGAAGUACCACUCCAUUGCUGAAGUGUCUUUGGAGCUAAAGCGAGUGGCUGAGACCAAACAGGAAUCAGAAUCUGCCGGAAACAGGACUGACGAAGUCAGCGAUGAGAAAGUAAAAAUCAGCGUGGAAAAUGGCCAUGUUGCUGAAGAAGAGGAGGAGGAGGAUUCACCUGAUAGUGAUAUUACUGAUUCAGACCCGGUGGGACUAGUCGGAGUUGCCGGGUCAAAUCCGAGCUCAUUGGGUGGGCCUGCCAAGGAAAAAUUAGCAUCGGGUUUGGGAUCUCAAGAAGUGCAGCCUGCUAGUGAGAAUAAUGAUGACAUAUGUGCCAAUCAUGAAGACUGCAGUGCACGUCCUACUCAAAUCAAGUUGACAAAAGGAUUCACAGCCAAGGAGCAUGUGAAUGUUGUGAAGGGUUUGAAGUUAUAUGAGGAUGUAUUCACUGAUCCUGAGCUGUCUAAGUUGACUGAUUUCGUCAAUGAACUCCGGGUUGCUGGCCAGAAUGGUGAACUCUCAGGAGAGACUUUUAUUUUAUUCAACAAGCAGGUGAAGGGAAACAAGAGGGAGCUGAUUCAGCUUGGAGUUCCAAUUUUCGGACAUAUAAGAGAGGAAGCUGCGGGUAACAUAGAGCCAAUUCCAGGGAUUCUCCAAGGUGUUGUCGAUCAUCUGGUUCAGUGGCAACUAAUACCAGAAUAUAAAAAACCUAAUGGAUGCAUAAUCCAUUUCUUUGAUGAGGAGGAAUAUUCACAACCUUUUCUGAAGCCACCUCAUCUAGACCAACCAAUCUCUACUCUUAUCCUCUCAGAAUCAACGAUGGCCUUUGGGCGUAUUCUUGGGAGUGAUAGUGAUGGGAAUUACAGAGGAUCGCUCUCUCUCUUGCUUAAAAAAGGGUACGUAUGCCUUCGAAACUUGUAUGAUCGACAUUUGUCAGUUAGAGAGUGA